AUGGCCUCUGCCCAGGCCUCUGCCCAGGCCUCGAGCUCGCAGGCUCUCCUCAACCGUGCUGUGCUCUCGAGUCCCUCCGACGCACGCUUCGUGGGCCAGCUGCUUCGGCUGGCGGAGGAGGAGCCCGUGGCGCUUCUCGACGCCCUGCUGCUCUCCGCGUCGCUCGACGAGCGGCAAGCUCAUCUCGCCCACGAGCUGCUCGCACUCGUGCCGACACUCGCCACCCAAGCCUCCGCUACGAGCGGCCCGACGCCGCUGCUGCUGCUGCGCCUGCGCGAGGCGGUGAGCGGCGCGGCGCGGCUGCCUCCUGCUCGGCGCGCCGCCUUGCUCGCCUUCGUGUCGAGGCUGCACCAGCCGCUUCGCAGGGCUCCAUCGGUGGCAGCGGCGCUGGUGGCGGCGGCGCAGGGUGCUGGCAGCGAAGAGGGCGGUCUCGGGGAUGGGGCCGGGCGCUUGCGAGCCGCUCUCGAGGCGAUGAGCGAGCCAGCCUUUGGUGCGGCGCAGGAGGAGGAGGAGGAGAUAGGGCGGGAGGAGGAAAGGGAGGGAAAGGAGGACGGUGGAUCAGCGAUUGAUGCCACCGCAGCCGACCCGGUUGGCGGGUCGAGGCAGGCGAGGGAGGCGCAGGAGGAGGGGGAGGAGGGAGAGGAGGAGGAGGCGGCGGAGGAGAACGACGACGGCGCGGAGUUGGGCGGCCUUCCCCCGCCGGUGCAGCUAGAGGAGCUGCCACCGCUCGUCGGCGCGGCGCCGCUCCUCGCACACACGCUGCUCCCGAGCCUGCGGCCCUCCGCCCCGAGCGAGGUCGCUGCGCUCUGCCUGUCGGCGCUGCAAGGUUUGCUCGCCGCCUCGUCGCGCCUCGACGGCACCGGCAGCCCUCGCCGCCUCUCGACGCCGCUGCUCUGCGCGUCCCUCACGGCGGCGCUCCGCCUCGUCGCGGCGCACGCCGCCCGCCCCCUCGCCGCCGGCUCGCCCGUCGCUGCGGCCGCGCAGUCUCUCUCGCAGGCGUGCGUGCAGCUCUUGCUGCCUCGCGCGCCCCCUCGCGUGGGCUUGGCGCGAGGGGCCGGGCCGGGCCGGCAGCAGCCCUGCCUGCUCCGCCUCGCCUCUGAGCAGUGGCGCGCCUUGCCGUGGCGUGUGCAGCUGCUCACCUGGCCCCUCCUCGACCGCCUCGCGCCGCGGGACGAGCCGCGUGAGGGCGGCGUGAGCAGCGGACAGCCGGCGGGGAGCGGCCAGCGGCCAGCAGCGAGCGGCCAGCGGCCAGCAGCGAGCGGCCAGCGGCCUGGCGCGGGGCGGAGGCUGAUCGAGUGGCUGCUGCAGCUCGUGCCUCGGCGGGGGCUCCUCUACGCGCUCGUCUGCUGCGCCGCCGUGCCGUCGCUGCCCGUCCGCCAAGCAAUCCGCGAGCUGGGCCCGCUUGGAGGCGAGGGCCCGCUUGGAGGCGAGGCGGCGGCCGAGGCGGGGGCCGAGGCGGCGGCGGGAGCAGCGGGCGGGGCGGCGGCGGGGCAUGCGGUCGCGGCCGUCGCGCUCGGCCUCGCCGUCACGCCGCACGGUAGCUGGGGCGCGGCAUGCUCGCAGCUGCGACCCCUCCUCUGCGCAGUGGCGGAGAGCCUCUCCCGCGCGGACUCCUCCUCCGCCGCCGCGCUACGCGCCGUCGCGCCGCUCGAGGCGCCGCUCGCUCAGACGGCGGUCGCGCUGCUCAGCUGCAGCCUCGCCCUCGGCAGAGCAGAGGGUGGCGGCGAGGCGCUGCGGCGUGCCUUCUGCACCGGUCUCUCCAAGUGGCUUUGCGCGGCGGCGCGUGAGGCAGAGACCCCGUGCGCCGCCGUGCUCCUCCUCGGCGUCGGCGUCCGCUGCUUGGUCGAGUCCGGCGCGGGCGGCGCCGCUGCAGAGGAGCCUCUCGACGCCCGCCCCUCCGACGACGUGGGCGAUUGGCCGCUCGACCCGAACGACGGCCGGUUGCUGGUCGGCUGCCUCGAGCUGCGCGCCAAGCUCCUCGCACCGGCCAGCGCCGCAGCCACCGGAGGCGACGCGGCGGUGGGGGGGGCGCUCCGAGAGAGCUUGUUGGGAGCGCAGCGGCUGCCCGCCGGGGUCGCGCGCAUGCUGCUCGUGGGAUCGCCGCCGGGAGAGAGCGUUGUGCCGAUCGAGAUUGCAUGA